AUGAGUGACGAAGAGGGUAUGAAAUAAAUGUUAUGUAUAGAUUACGAAGAAGAGGAAGAAGAAGAAGAGGAAGAGGAGGAAGAAGAGGAAGAAGAAGAAGAAGAGAAGCCUUAGGAACGUAUUAAAUAAAUAUAUGAUUAGCAACUGUUUAAUCGUUGGCAAGAGAUAUUCAUGGAGUAUGCUUCUAAGCAAAAAGUAUUAUGAAUAGAAUGCAUGUAAAUACCGAUCCACCAUAACAAUAUUAUUAGUAAGAUUGUAUUAUGAAUCAGACCGCCACCGUAUUGGAAUUAUUCAAAUUAAUAUUAUGAUCCAUAUUAAUAGCAGCAACCUUAAUAUCAGUAUCAAUAACCGAUUCGUCAUGAGAAAGUUGAGGAUCAAUAGGAUUACUAGGACUACUUGGAAUAUAUGAGAUUCAAACAAUUUAAGUAUGAGAAUGCUGUUAAUUAAAAGGGAAACUCAUCAGAGUGACUUUUCGGGGUUGGGAUCAUCAAAGAUCAUUUAAAACUAUUACAAAACACUUUAAUAAUAAGGCACAAGACCUUAGGUUUAGUAGAAUGCAAGUCAACUGUAUAGAAAAAAUAACAUGGACUAAAGUUUUAAGAACAGCACACGAUAUGGCUAUUAUUGAACAUUGG